AUGGCAGCAUCAUCACACAGUUCUGUUGUUAAUACUGUAGAGAUGGCAUAUGUCUCUGGUGGUUAUGUCUUUGAUUAUGAUUACUACAGAGAUGAUUUCUACAAUCGGUUGUUUGAUUACCAUGGCCGUGUCCCCCCACCACCCCGUGCAGUGAUUCCACUGAAGCGUCCUCGUGUGGCUGUGACAACAACUCGCAGAGGCAAAGGGGUUUUCUCCAUGAAAGGAGCAUCACGAUCCACCUCAAGUGGGGCUUCUUCCUCAGGAUCCAAAUCACCCACCUGUCUUCCCCUGCCCCUUAUGUGGAGUGAUACUGUCCUUGGAAGCGUCACUGGAAGAGGAAGAGAAAGAUCAGUGAAAUCAGAUGAAUUGCAAACAAUCAAGAAGGAAUUAACCCAAAUCAAAACAAAAAUUGACUCUUUGCUAGGGAGACUGGAAAAGAUUGAAAAGCAGCAAAAAGCUGAAGCAG